CUUAUAUUGAAAUUCAUUGAAUGAUGAGGAGGAUACACAGAAAAAAUGGCGUGCAGGAGCAUGCUUCGUUCGGCGAUUCUUGUGGAACCGUUUCAAUUUCAACCUCUUCAUUCGAAUAACAGAGGAGGCUCGCGUUGCCAAACCGUUACGGCUCGUCCGUUUCACCGUGCCAAAGGAGGAGCUCUCCGUUGCUCUCACAACGAAACGCCGUCUUUUCAGGACGAUCAAGGUCCUCCUCAAGAGGCGGUGUUGAAGGCCAUUUCAGAGGUGUCUAAGGCGGAAGGGAGGGUUGGGCAAACUACGAACAUGGUUAUUGGAGGCACUGUGUCGGAUGAUACUACCGAUGAAUGGCUUGCUUUGGAUCAGAAGGUGAACUCAUACCCAACCGUUCGGGGAUUCACUGCAAUAGGAACUGGAGGUGAAGAUUUCGUGCAAUCUAUGGUUGUUGCUGUGGAAUCUGUAAUCCAACAGCCUAUUCCUCAGGGACGUGUGAAACAGAAAUUAUCAGCAAGGGGCAAAUACGUGUCCGUAAACAUUGGUCCUGUCCAAGUUGUUUCCAGUGAACAGGUCCAAGCUGUAUAUAAUGCCAUGAGAAGGGAUGACAGGAUGAAAUAUUUUUUGUAGUCUGUUAGAUUUUGUAUAGAAUGCAGGGUUUCCAAGGGGAUGAAUUAACAUGUCUGCCUUCGAGUGGUUAGACUGAUUUUGUUCUUCGAUUAAUCCUUGAUAUCAUUGUAAUCAGAUGUAAUCAUAUUGCGAAUUGAAUCUCAUCCGUAUUUUGUGAAGAUGUAACGUUGUAUGAUUUAUUGCCAUUAGUUACAAAAUAACAUUAUUUUCUAGUGCAUAUAGUUGAAGUUGUUGAAUAGUAGAUGUUUUCUUUGGUGCCUUAAU